AUGGGGAGGGAGGGCCUGCGCGCUCUGGUCUGGGUCCCAUGCCUCUCUGGGGGCCCCUCCCACGCACCAUCUCAGGCGCUCCAUGGUAGUAGGAGGCCUCUCCUUCAAAGGGGCAGUCCCUCGCCCAGUGACCGUGCCUGUAACAGAGGUGACACACAUCCCUGCCCCCUUUCCAGCUUCCGCCCCUUCUUCCUCCCCGGCCCCCACGCCCACCACCUCUGGCCCCUCCCCUUGUCCAGUCCUGUCGUGGUGGAGUGGGAAGUCCAGCAGGCAUAUUAG